AUGGAACGACGCGAACGUUCGUCGCGAGGCAAGGACUGUUUGCGCGAAGAUUUCGAAGCGCAUUCUAACGGCAUUCGCGAUACGAAUGAGUCUAAAAUUACGGCGCGCGAGAGGGCGACGGAUGCGACGCUCGCUGCAAUGAGCGGCCAAGGCGGAGCGGGACCGAAGGUUAAGAAGGGGCAGAUGGAGGAUUGGAAUGGCAAGGGCGAGAUCUCGGUGAAGCGUGCGGCCGAUGAUGCAGUUUGCCUCUACAUCGUGGUGACUCGCACGCUGGAGACUCUGUGCGAGCACCACUUCUUCCUCAACAUGCUGCGCGCCGUUAAUGCCGCUGGACCCAACUACCCCCCCCCCCCAAGCGUGGCUACAUUGGAGGCGCUGGGCUGCUGUGACAUGAUGACUGUGUGCGCCCACCCCAAGCGUGGCUACGUUGGAGGCGCCGGGCUGCUGGCGUGCAAGCAGCAGAUUGAGAAGGGAUUAAUGCCCAUUACGAAGACUUGGAAGGAGAUUGGCGUGACGAUCGCCGGCGACAUGAUGACGGACAAGAUCGGGCGCGUGCGGAUGAACAUCAUCUCCAUCAACGUCAGUGGUGCGAUUUUCCAAGAGGCAGUCGACUGUAAGGUGGAGAUAAAGAGUGGGGUGUUUAUCGUUCGCGUCUUGCAGUCGAUCAUUGAGAAGGUUGGAUCGGAGCACAUCGUCGCGAUUUGCAUGGAUGGCGGCAGCAACUACGUGUCCGCCGGCAAGCUGCUGCAGAAGAACCCACACAUCGAGAUCGUCCCCUGCGCCACUCAUGUGCUCGACUUGCUGAUGGAGGACUUCAGCAAGAUGGAUUGGGCGUAG